AUGACACCUGCUGUUCAUGUGGGCCUUCUCGGUGCCUCCGCCAUCGCGCGGAAGGUGUGGGAUGCCAUUAAUCGUGCCGGGCUUCUUGUGACGGUGGUGGGUAGCCGUAACCCUCAAAAAGCCGAGGCGUUUGUGCAGGAGUGCUGCGAGUAUCUCAACCUCGAUGCGUCCAGCAGACCCCGGGUAUGCAGCUACGAGGAAUUGGUGGUUUCUGAUGAUGUGGACGUGGUGUACAUCUCCAUCCCUGUUAUGGAGCGACCGGUGUGGGUGGUGAAGUGUGCGGAGCACGACAAACACGUCGUGGGUGAGAAGCCUCCGGCAGAGAACGCCGCUGUGCUGCAGGACUGGCUGGAGCGGCUCGGGGCGAGGCAGUUAUUGUACAUGGAUGGAACCAUGUUCUCACAUGGGCCUUGGGUGCAAAAGCUGCUGGAAACCCUCCCACGCUGUGGAAAGGUGCGGCGCAUGACGGCGGCGCUUGCGUGGUGCGCGGAUGCGGAGCGACGACGCUCAGACAUCCGCCUUAAUCCCGCAUUGGAGAAUCUCGGCGCCUUGGGAGAUUGUGGCUGGUACUGCGUGCGCGUCAUGCUGCAUGCCAUGAACUUCCAAAUGCCCAAGGCUGUCGUUGGGCGAAUCCUGGAGAAGAACGAGAAGGGUGCCAUUCUUGCCUUUUCUGGGGAGCUCUCCUUUGACGUGGAUGGGGAACGUGUGACGGGGUAUCUCUACUGCGCCCUCAACAGUGCCCAGCAGGCGGAGUUUACUGUGUCGGGGACGACGGGCAUUAUUGAGGCGCCAAACAUUUACGUUCCCGUUACGGCACCCGCUGGGCGCGCCAGCUUCAAGUUUGUGGAGGCGCGGACGGCGGCGCGUGGCACUGAGCUCACCGUGACGCGUGAGGAGCACGUCAUCGCGGUGCCGGACGAGGACGGCUAUUGCCAGCAAACGCGGAUGUGGCGCGACGUUGACGCCGCUUUGUCCAGAAACCGUGAGGGCAGACUCGUCGCCUCCGCCGCAGCGAUGCAGCAGUGGGGCCGCAUGGCGUGGAUGACGCAGUGCAUCCUGGACAAGUUGGCGGAGUCCGCGGAAGUGCAGCUGCGGGCGUAG